UGCUCACUAUGCUCAGCCCUUCAAUCCCAGUCCACUAUUCCAAGACACAACCCACUUGUGUACUAUAAAGAUGAACACUAAACUAAAUACGCGUGCUGCGCGCAGUAUUCUAUCCGUUCUAAUUCUAUUUUCGCUGCCCAGUUUAUCUAUUUCACAAACGACUCAAAAUAUAAACGUCUUGGUUAUUAACGAAGAAAAUAAUGCGCUGGCGGAAAAAGCUUUUGAAGUUGCCAAGGAAUAUGUGAGGAGGAACCCAAGUUUGGGAUUAGCAGUGGAUCCAGUCAUAGUGGUCGGAAACCGUUCGGAUUCUAAAAGUUUUUUGGAGAAUGUUUGCAGGAAAUACAAUGACAUGCUUUUGGCGAAGAAAACGCCGCACGUUGUCCUAGAUUUCACAAUGACCGGGGUUGGUUCGGAGACCAUGAAGUCGUUUACUGCGGCACUGGCCCUGCCUACUAUUUCGGGCUCGUUUGGUCAAGCUGGUGAUUUAAGGCAAUGGCGCUCCCUUGACGCCAAUCAGACGAAAUUUUUACUGCAAAUAAUGCCCCCAGCCGAUAUCCUACCUGAAUCCGUCAGGGCAAUCGUAUCAAAACAAGAUAUAACUAAUGCUGCGAUAAUUUUUGAUGAACUAUUUGUGAUGGAUCACAAGUACAAAUCCCUCCUGCAGAACAUUCCGACACGCCACGUAAUUACACCAGUAAAAAGUUUUAAUAAAGAGGACAUAAAAAACCAGCUGAGAAGUUUACGAGAGUUGGACAUUGUCAACUUUUUCGUCAUCGGCAGUUUGAGGACGAUAAAAAAUGUUCUAGAUGCAGCGGAUGAGAAUCAAUAUUUUGGAAGAAAAACGGCUUGGUUUGCGUUGUCAUUGGACAAAGGAGACAUAACUUGUGGGUGUAAAGAUGCUACAAUCGUGUAUAUGCGACCGACGCCAGACGCAAAGAGCAGGGAUCGUUUGGGAAAAAUCAAAACAACGUACAGCAUGAAUGGGGAGCCUGAAAUUACCUCAGCUUUUUACUUCGACUUGUCUCUACGCACAUUUUUAACUAUAAAAUCACUCCUGGACUCUGGCAAGUGGCCAAAUGACAUGAAAUAUAUUACAUGUGACGAUUACGACGGCAAGAAUACUCCUAACAGGACCUUGGACCUUCGAAAUGCAUUUCAAGAGGUGAAAGAAACACCAACAUAUGCGCCAUUUUUUAUACCGGAGGAUGAUCCUAUGAAUGGCAGGAGUUAUAUGGAGUUUAAUACGGAUUUGUCGGCUGUGACAGUCAAAGAUGGGGCUUCAAUAGGGAGCCGGUCAUUAGGGUCUUGGAAGGCUGGUCUAUCGAACCCCCUGUCUUUGACUGACCCGGACAACAUGAGCGAUUACUCCGCGCAGCUUGUGUACAGAGUCGUGACGGUGGAGCAACAACCUUUUAUAAUCAAAGAUGACGAAGCACCUAAAGGUUUCAAAGGGUACUGCAUCGAUUUAAUUGAAGAAAUCCGACAAAUCGUCAAGUUUGAUUACGAAAUCGUGAUGGCCCCGGACGGAAACUUUGGUACUAUGGACGAAAACGGUAACUGGAACGGAAUCAUCAAGGAACUGAUCGAGAAAAGGGCAGAUAUAGGUCUGACGUCAAUGUCCGUGAUGGCCGAGAGAGAGAACGUUGUAGAUUUCACAGUUCCGUACUAUGAUUUAGUUGGGAUAACCAUACUGAUGAAAUUACCAAGGACGCCGACUUCUCUUUUCAAAUUUUUGACGGUUUUGGAGAAUGACGUCUGGCUCUCAAUAUUAUCGGCGUAUUUUUUUACAAGUUUCCUCAUGUGGGUAUUCGACAAAUGGAGUCCUUACAGUUACCAAAACAACCGGGACAAGUAUAAAGACGAUGAAGAGAAGAGGGAGUUCACCCUCAAGGAGUGUCUAUGGUUCUGCAUGACGUCAUUGACACCUCAGGGCGGAGGGGAAGCCCCCAAAAACCUAUCGGGAAGACUUCUUGCAGCCACGUGGUGGCUCUUUGGCUUCAUCAUCAUCGCAUCCUACACGGCUAACUUGGCCGCCUUCCUCACGGUAUCCAGACUGGACACGCCCAUAGAAUCCCUGGACGAUCUCUCCAAGCAGUACAAGAUACAGUAUGCACCACUCAAUGGCUCAUCGGCCAUGACGUACUUUGAGAGGAUGGCUAAUAUCGAGGUUAGGUUCUACGAGAUUUGGAAGGAAAUGAGUCUAAACGACAGCCUGAGCGACGUGGAGCGAGCGAAAUUGGCUGUUUGGGAUUAUCCUGUCAGCGACAAGUACAGUAAGAUGUGGCAGGCUAUGAAAGAGGCUGGGCUACCUAACUCCAUCGAGGAGGCUGUGCAAAGAGUGAGGGAUUCAAAAAGUUCUAGUGAAGGGUUCGCGUGGUUGGGAGACGCCACUGACGUGAGGUAUCAUGUGUUGACGAGCUGUGACCUGCAAAUGGUUGGAGACGAGUUUUCAAGGAAACCGUACGCGAUUGCUGUACAACAAGGGUCGCCGUUGAAGGACCAGUUCAACAACGCAAUCCUGCAACUCCUAAACAAGCGCAAGCUGGAGAAACUGAAGGAAAACUGGUGGAACAACAACCCGAACGCCAUGAAGUGUGAGAAACAGGACGACCAGUCUGACGGCAUCUCCAUACAAAACAUCGGUGGUGUGUUCAUAGUAAUCUUCAUGGGUAUGGGCCUGGCCUGCGUCACACUCGGGGUAGAGUACUGGUGGUACAAGUGGAGGAAGCGCUCUGUCAUCGGGGACGUCACUCAGGUGGAGCCGGCAAAAACGUCAAGAAACAACGAAAGCAUUGGAAUACGCAAAGGCGAAGGAUUUUCUUUCAGGUCUAAGAAUCUAGGUCUUUCCAACCUUAAGUCUAGAUUCUAACUAUGAAAUCUACUGAAAUGAUCUCAAUAAGUGAUAAUUAUAUUAUGUAAACGAAGGUAUUUUUUACGUUUUUGAAUGAACUAUGUGUGUAUUAGGUUCUGCUCCUUAAAUGUAAUGCAAGUGUGUGGAAUGCAAUAAUAAAAAAUGUGGCACAAUUUAUUUUUAUGUUAGUGGUAUACGAAACGCUGGUAAAUUA